CAUGCCUAAUUUACCAACUCUAACCAUACGACGGAUACAUCGACACGCAUUAAUGCUAAAUCGUAAUAUUUUCCUUUUGAUUCCAUUCAUGUUUAACAGUGAGAUUAAAUUAUAUACAAUCACAAGCAUAUAGACAUAUACGUAAACGCACACAUCACUGAUGCAAUUUGUAACACUUUAGUGCAAGUAUGUAACCCAACGUUUAAUUAUUACUUCUUCUUUUUGCGUUGUGCUUAUUCAUUAAAGUAAUAUCAAAAUGUUUAAUUUACUGAAAAGCAUGGAUUUUUAGGGUUCAUGACUUCAUGUAUUUUCUUAUUUGUCUAUAAAUUUAUGUAUUAACUGGAAAAACUUUUGGUAUAAUGCAUAUUCAUAAUUUGAGUAAUUAAACUCAUCUGGUAUUAUCUUUUGUGUAUUUUAAGUUUUUAAUAGAACCUACUGAGCUAUAGUUUGAUAUAUUUCUAAAGGAAAUUAACAUUUACAACGUAUAUGAAUCGAAUCAAAUAAAUAAACAACAACAUUUAGCUGAGAAUGGACCCUACAAGUUUCAAUAAAUAACGACCCCUUGUGAGGGUUAAGGCCACAACACCAGCUUUUCUAAGUCUUGAAAGCAUUACUUUACUAAACCUAGCUCUAUCUCUCUUCAUAGUGUCGACAUGGCUUGCGAAAACAACCUCGUUGUGAAGCAAAUCAUCGACUUAUAUACCCAAAUCUCGAACCUCGAGAGUUUAAAACCAUCCAAGAAUGUCGACACUUUGUUCGGACAACUCGUCUCCACGUGCUUGCCAACGGACACAGAUAUCGAUGUCACAAAAAUACACGAUGAAAAAGUCAAAGACAUGAGAUCUCAUCUCAUCAAGCUUUGUGGUGAAGCCGAAGGAUACUUGGAACAACACUUCUCCACAAUCAUAGGCUCUUUUGAAGACAACCCACUCAACCAUUUACACAUCUUUCCUUAUUACAACAACUACCUCAAACUAAGCAAACUGGAAUUCGAUCUCCUAGCUCAACACACAAGCCAUGUCCCUACGAAAAUCGCUUUUAUCGGUUCGGGUCCGAUGCCACUUACAUCCAUCGUCUUGGCCAAGUUUCACCUUCCCAACACAACGAUCCACAACUUCGACAUCGACUCAGAAGCUAACACACUAGCUUCAAACCUCGUGUCUCGCGAUCCGGACCUCUCGGAACGCAUGAUCUUCCACACGACUGAUGUGUUAAACGCAAAGGAAGGGUUAGACCAGUACGAUGUCGUUUUCUUGGCGGCUCUUGUUGGGAUGGAUAAAGAGUCAAAAGUCAAGGCUAUUGAGCAUUUGGAGAAGCAUAUGGCUCCUGGAGCUGUGCUGAUGCUAAGGAGUGCUCAUGGUCUUAGAGCUUUCUUGUAUCCAAUCGUUGACUCUUGUGAUCUUAAAGGGUUUGAAGUGUUGACCAUUUAUCAUCCGUCGGAUGAUGUGGUUAACUCGGUGGUGAUCGCACGUAAGCUCGGUGGUUUGGGUGAAGUUCGUAGCAGCCAGAUCGAAAGGUGUGUGGUUAUGCCUUGUAAUUGUUCCAAGAUCCAUGCCAUCAUGAACAGUCGUGGUAUUAAGAAGAAUAUGAUCGAGGAGUUUACUGCCAUUGAGUAAAUACAAAAACACAACUCUCUCUCUAUAGAGGUAUGUAUUUAUGUUUUGCUCUUUUCAAUUUUUGUAUAUCUGUUUGUGAUGUGAGGGAUAUGUUUGUUAAGCCUAAUAAUUUUGUGAGUUCUUUGGUCGUCAUCGGCGUGAAGUCACAGAAACCUGGUUGUAUGUACUUUUAAUUAUUUGGAUCAA